GUCGCACGCGGCCGUGCGUUUCUGCUUUUGGAUUAAAAAAGGAUAUACUAAUACAAAAUAUCAAACUAACGGAAAUUGGGAGUUAGUGAAAUUAGUGCAAGUCGUGAAGAAAUCAUUUGACUACACUCUAUUCGAUAGUUAUUAACCUUGCAACUGAGUUUCUAUGCUUUAAAAAGAAUUAGUGCGAUAGGCUGACAGAAGUGUUAUACGGUAGAAGGUUAAUCAUUUUGUACUUUCACGUAUUAGUGCAGGAUAACAUAUUGGACACGGCUUCCAUUUAGGGCCAAAGGAAACAAAGAAACUCACACAAAACCUGUGAAAAAAUAGUGCACUUGCGUACGUUAAAGCUAACCAUUUCUCCACAUACAAGUCAACUUACAAACAGACACAAACAUGGAACUACAUUCUCACGCUUCCGAAUGUCAUGAUUUAUCAUCAUGAGGACAUACAUGAUGGCCGCAAACCGUGGAGAAUGGGCGAAUAUGAUGAUGCCUGCUUCGAGGCGUCGCAAAGAAAAUGAAUCACCGAAAUAUGGUUACAACCUCGGCCGCUCAAUGCCCUAUCGUUCGACCGCUCGCCAUAAUGUGCUACUACCACAGCACUCAUCAGUAAGCUCUACUUUACCGUCCGGUUCUUAUACGUCCUAUGGGCAUACAUCGACAACAACAACACCAUACUAUGAAUCACACCGUCUCAGCAGCAGCCAGGCCGCGAAUUUGCCAAGCGCAAGCACCAGCGCCGCUUCCACAGCCAGUCCGCCGCAAUUUCACACAAACGCUGCCGCAACGGCGUUGCAUAGACUGCCGCCACACUACAGCAGCCACCAUCACGUUGCCCAUGCGACUCUCACCUUAUACGCCGCUCACCAAUGCCGUGGACAAGCACACUCACAUAUUCGUGUAUAAGGGGCGAAAACGAAAACGGCUCGUAAGCGCCUAAUUGCGAACCAUGUUGGCGAAAUUAGGGCUGAUCUAAAUUUUUGGUAGAUCUAUAUAUUCAGUUCGUAUAAAUAUUAUAAGUAUGUACAUAUAUACAUAGGACACUUCACCAAUAAUAAUAAUAACCCUUUCAAUAACAACGAAUAUUUUUAACGCAGCAUCGUGAGGAUCCAAUAUUAUUCGAUUAAGCCAAAUAUUACUGAACAAAUAAUA